UGGCCGCCAUCUUGUUGUUGAUCGUACUUAGUGGGCAGCGCCGGGAGCUGGACCGAGCGGCCGGGGAGGGCCGCUGCUGCGGGGCUCACCCACCUGCGCUGCCUACCAGGGGGCGGGCCGAAACUCAGAGGCCCUGGGGGCCCAGCUCCCAUAGGGAGCUGUGGGCACCCGCUGCCCAGGCCAGGCCGGACAGAAUAAUAAGCUGAACAGGAUCAGACCAUUGGCUUUCAGCUCACCAGGAACUUCUACCUAGCUCUCCUUUUGUGGCCCAUGUGCUGCAUCCUCUGUCCUCAGUGUGCAACUGGCCCCCAACGCAAUGUGUGUUUGUCAAACCAUGGAAGUGGGGCAGUAUGGCAAGAACGCAAGUCGGGCUGGAGACAGGGGAGUCCUCCUGGAGCCCUUCAUCCACCAAGUGGGCGGACACAGCAGCAUGAUGCGCUAUGAUGACCACACUGUGUGCAAGCCCCUCAUCUCCCGGGAACAGCGCUUCUACGAGUCCCUUCCUCCUGAAAUGAAGGAAUUCACCCCUGAGUACAAAGGUGUGGUAUCUGUCUGUUUUGAGGGGGACAGUGAUGGUUACAUCAACUUGGUGGCUUACCCUUAUGUGGAAAGUGAGACUGUGGAACAGGAUGACACACCAGAACGGGAGCAACCCCGGCGCAAACACUCCCGCCGGAGCCUGCACCGGUCAGGCAGUGGUAGUGACCACAAGGAGGAGAAAGCCAGCCUAUCUCUUGAGACCUCUGAGAGCUCCCAGGAGGCAAAGAGUCCAAAGGUGGAGCUUCACAGCCACUCUGAUGUCCCUUUCCAGAUGCUAGAUGGCAACAGUGGUCUGAGUUCUGAGAAAAUCAGCCACAAUCCCUGGAGCUUGCGCUGUCACAAACAACAGCUGAGCCGCAUGCGCUCUGAAUCCAAGGACCGAAAGCUCUACAAGUUCCUCUUGCUUGAGAAUGUGGUGCACCACUUUAAGUACCCCUGUGUGCUGGACUUAAAGAUGGGAACCCGGCAGCAUGGUGAUGAUGCCUCAGCUGAGAAGGCAGCCCGGCAGAUGAGGAAGUGUGAGCAGAGCACGUCAGCUACACUGGGUGUCAGGGUCUGUGGUAUGCAGGUGUACCAGCUGGACACAGGGCAUUACCUCUGCAGGAACAAGUACUACGGCCGUGGGCUGUCCAUCGAAGGCUUCCGCAAUGCCCUCUAUCAGUAUCUGCACAAUGGCCUGGACCUGCGACGUGACCUUUUUGAGCCUAUUCUGAGCAAACUGCGGGGAUUGAAAGCUGUGCUAGAGCGGCAGGCCUCCUACCGCUUCUACUCCAGUUCCCUGCUUGUCAUCUAUGAUGGCAAGGAGUGCCGGGCUGAGUCCUACCUGGACCGCCGGUCUGAGAUGCGUCUCAAGCACCUGGACAUGGGGCUCUCUGAGGUGGCAUCAUCCUGUGGCCCUAGUACCAGCCCCAGCAGCACCAGCCCUGAGGCAGGUCCCUCCUCACCACCUAAAGUGGAUGUCCGCAUGAUUGACUUUGCACAUAGCACAUUCAAGGGCUUUCGGGAUGACCCCACUGUGCAUGAUGGGCCAGACAGAGGCUAUGUAUUUGGCCUGGAGAACCUCAUCAGCAUCAUGGAACAGAUGCGGGAUGAGAACCAGUAGGCCCUGUUCUGGGCUCCUAGAAACCCCUUCCUCUCCACCCGCAGGCAGGGACCAUUGCUCUGAACUCACCGUGAGGACACACAGACUUGCUUUUAAAGGGUUAUAUUUCUCUUUGGUGUAAACUAAAAGAAAUGUUUUUAGCUGUAGCCUGGAAUCCAUAUAUAUAAAGUGAAAGAGGGCAAAAUAUAUGUCCUCUCAGCCAGGCUCCU